GGGUUUAAGCAUCAUCAUCAAGAUUCAACAAUGGAGGUUUAAAGUUUCCAUUUUUAUGCCGACCCACCUCCCAAAAUGGCUUUAUCUCACAUCCUCCGUUCUCACCGCUUCUUUCCCAGAAACCUUUAUCUCCACAAACCCAUUUUCACCAACCAACUGAUCAUAAACCCCUUUUCUUCCACCGCCCCCAAUUCACCGGAAACAAACCCAAAACCCACUUCUCUUUCAGCUCGCAUGAGCUUUGUGUUCGACCAAAUCGAUGCAAUUGAGAAAGAACGCACCCAGAAGGACGAAACCCUUCAACGAAUUCGUGCUUGGCGCGAUUCCAAGAAAGAAAAACAACCCACACUUGAACAGGGUGGCGAGAAACAGUUAAAAGAGGAUGAUGUUGAGGUUGAGGUUGCGGUUAAGGAGAAGGGGUUGUUGGGUAAAGAAGUUGAGUUGGUGCAUCCUUGGCCUGAGUGGAUUGAAUUGAUGGAGAGGUUGGUUCAGCAGAACUAUUUUGAUUGUAGGAGGAGAGAUGAGGGUAAGUUGAUUGCGGAUUCGGGGUUCGCCGAGGCUAUGGAAGAGGAGGGUUUUGAUUUUACUAGGGAUUGGAAGACGGUGCAGACGGCUGGUAUAAGUUUUGGGAAAGAUAGGUUUGAUAUAUUGAGGUCACUAUCGAGACAGGAUAUACAACUUUUAAUUGGGUAUGGAUGCCCUAGUCCAGACAAGAAGGUUGUGUUCUCUUCAAAGUUGUUGAGGAAGCACGUUCGUCUUGAUGAAGGAGAUGUUUGUAGUUCAUGCAGUUUAAGGAAUUCUUGUGAACGGGCUUAUCUGAUCACAAAUAAAGAAGAUGAGGCAAGAACCAUUGACAUUAUGCGUGUUCUGAUGGCAUAUGGCUUUGAUCCGGUUAACGGGUCAGUUGUCAAUGACUCACUAUUGAAGAAAAAGGCAGUAAAGGGUGCGGUGCGUAAAUUACUUCAUGAAGUGGUGAAAUUGAGUGGAAUUCCAAUAGACCCAAACCUGGCCCCACCAAUCAUCAAAAGACCACCUCCCAAGGUCAAACAAACGCCACCUCCUCCUAAGAGACGGGUUGGUCGUGAUGAUGUUGAGAUGAAAAAGGGUGACUGGCUUUGUCCAAAGUGCGACUUCAUGAAUUUUGCAAAGAACACAGUGUGUUUACAAUGUGAUGCUAAGCGUCCAAAGAGACAACUGCUUCCAGGCGAAUGGGAAUGCCCCGAGUGUCAAUUCUUGAAUUACAGAAGAAACAUGGCAUGUUUCCACUGCGAAUGCAAGCGGCCACCAGAUGAAUUUACCGAAAAUCAAAUGCAAGACAAGCAACAUGGUCAAAGGUCAAGACUUGACCAUGGUCCGAGCAGAAAAGAAGUUUCUGAUGCAUGGAACUUCGAUUUUGAUGAAAAUGAAUCUGAUGGUGCUGAAGUUGCUGCUUUUGAGUAUGCAGAUUCAAGAAAACUAGAUCAAGAUUACGCAAACCGACCACCAGACAACAAUAGUUUUAACAGGAGACCCGUAAGGCCUCAAGAAUCAGAAUAUCCAAGUUUUGUUGCUAAACCGGGAGCCGGGUUUGAUGAUUUUGAUGAUGAGGAAGACGAUGAUGUCAAUAGUUAUGAGUUGGAUACAAAACCGAGCAGUUCUUCAGUUAACUUCUCUGAUAUUGAUGUUGAUUCCGAGUCUGAAGAUGAGAAUUAUAACACACGUAAACAAGUUCCUUCGCAAAAAAACAAGAGGGUAUCAAAAUCUCCAAAAAAAUCUGCCGUUUCUGAAGAUGAUGGUGUGGAUUUCAAUUCAGAUGAUGAUCUACCUGUUCAUCCAAACUGGAAAUCUAGUCAUGUAGCUGAUUUUAGACACAAAAGUAGGGGCAGAAUGAGCGCAAAAUUCGGUUCAGAUGAAGAUUCUGAUCUCUAUUCUGGUGAUGAAGACUUGAGUGAUGAUGAUUUCCGACAUAAACGCAAGGGGCGGGUGAAUACAAGGUCAAAUGAUUACCAUAAAGUCAAACAUGACUUUUCUGACGAAGAUGAUCAUUUCAGCAGAGGUAAACCAAGAGGAGGAAAGAAAACGUCUGAUAGAAAACACCCUGCAAAGAGUUUUAGAAAUGAGUCAUACGAAAGCGGUUUUAAUGGUUCUAGAAACCAUAGACAAGAACGUUUCAGUGAUAGACAGCCUCGAAAGUCGAGCAGGGGUCGAGAUUCAUCUGGAUCAGGUUCAGGUGCAGGUGCAGGUGCGGCCACUGACAGUUAUUUAGACCAUGAAAGAUUUAGCAGGCCGAGGGUAAAUGUAAGGUGAUUAGGAUUCAUGAUCAGAUACCCCUGACAAUCAAAACAAGACAACCAUGAUCAUCAUGGUGAGUCAACCACUUGGUCUAUGACCCGCAUCAUCGUCGUUGUCAUCUACUUGUUCAUCAUCAAAGAAGCAAAACCUUAUUACUUGUAGUGAACAGUAGAACUUUUGGAACAGUGUUGCUGGUUUUGUUAUGAGUUUGUACACUUGUAAUGAAGGAAAUAUUACAAUAAUGAAUUAUAGUAAUAUUUUUUUAAUCAGUUGUAAGGAUGAUCCGACUAUUCACAAGGACCUUUGAUACACACUUUGGCUUU